AAAAUGGCAGACGAGACAGCCAAGGCGAGAGCCGCCGUCCCUGGAGGAGACACCAUAUUUGGGAAAAUUAUAAGAAAGGAAAUACCAUGUGACUUGUUGUAUGAAGAUGACCAGGCGAUUGCUUUCAAGGACAUCAGUCCACAGGCACCAACACACUUUUUAGUUGUUCCUAAGAAAGCACUUGAAAUGUUGCCUAAGGCAGAGGAAGAAGACACUCAGAUGCUGGGUCAUCUUUUAAUGGUUGCUAAGAAAGUAGCAGCUGACCUGGGUCUGAAAAACGGUUACCGGGUUGUGAUCAAUAGUGGACCAGACGGUGGCCAGUCAGUGUAUCACCUGCAUCUACAUGUCCUUGGUGGAAGACAGCUAACAUGGCCUCCUGGCUAACUUUUACUUAAUUCAUUGUUACCUUGGUAAAACAUCCACAAGUCUGCAUAUUCAUAAUGAACAUAUUUUUGACAAAAA